AAUAAUAUUGGUGAAACAUUAACAAAUGAUCAACCAGAUGUUGAUGAUGAUGAUGAUAAUGUUGAACAAGAAAUAAUCGAAAACAAUGGUGAUACCAUUAUUGAUGAUCAAACCGUAGAUGAUGACAAUGUCCAAGAUGAAAAAGAAGAAGAAAAAGAGACGAAAAAAUCUCCAUUACAAUCCGAAAAUGAUACCAUUAACGAUGAUAAUGAUAAUAAUCAAGUACAAAAUAAACUAAAUCCUAGUAAUGAUGAUGAUGAUGAUAAAGCAAAAACAGUUAUUGAUCAGCCCAAUGAAUCAAUCUCGAUAAAUGGAACGAUAGAUGAUAAUGAAACCGAUGAAAUACAAAAUAAUCGACACCAGCAACAAGAUGAGAACAAAAACGACGAUGAAGAUGAAUCCAUUGAUUCAAAAGACAAUAUUGAUGAUGAUGACAAAGUAAUGGAAUCUGACAAGCCAGAAAUAAAAGAGGAAGAGCAGAUUGAAGCUAAACAGAAUCAACAUGCUGAUGAUGAUGAAGAAGAAGAAGAAGGUUCACCACAAAUGUUAACAGAUGUUGAUAAUGAAAUGAAAGAUUUAACAGUUCCAAAAAUUGAAAUCAAAGAAGAUGAUAAAGAAACAGAAGAAAAAGAAAAAGAAUUGAAUAAAUCCACAUCAUCAAAAACGAUUGACAUUGGGCAAGAUGAAAUGGCCACAUUAGAUCUAUCAAAAUCAUUACCGAAUGGAUCACAAACAAAAAUACGAACAAAAGAACAACGACAACCAUUAUCAGAAAGUUAUGUAAAUACACCAAUGACUAGAAGUCAGAAACGUGCCCGUUCAAAUAAUAAUACUACAACGACAAAUACAUCGACAUCAAUUGUUGAAGAUUUAUCCAUAUCCGGCAUGAAAAGACAAAAUACAACAACGCUGCCAUAUUCGAAUGGUGAUUCAAAUUCCCUUGACAAUGAUGAGAUUGAUGAUAAUGAUGAUAAAUCAAAUCAUAAUAAUAAUAAUAAUAAUAAUGAUAAUCCGAUAAUGUUGAAAAGAAAAAAACGAAAUAUCAAUUGA